GCAAUCAUUUGUUUUUAUAAAUGAAAUUUACUUCAUUUUCUACAAGUGGGAAUUCAUUUCCUUUUAUGAAUUUAUUCAAAUACCGAACCUGCGCAACAUUUUUUUCAGUAAUAAAUACAAGUAAAUGUAACAUAUUCUGGAAUUUUAACCGGAUUUUUACAAUUUUUUCGAAGAGAUUUCAAUAAAAUACGUUUUAUUUCAGUUCAACAAAUUCCGUAUCAGGCAUCCACCAACAAAGAAGUUUUUAAACUUCAGAUUGUGUGACAUGCGAGGACUAGAAGAGAACUUGUGUAUUAAAUAUGAAGAUAUGGCUUUUAUUAUGGACGGAAAUCUACCAAACAACUACAAAUUUAACCCUGUGGCCCAGGCAUCUGUUGACUCUCCUGGGUUUCAGAAGCAGCCAUCACUGAAGGAUAGAAUGCAUGUGGUUGUUUUUGUUGUGGAUGGAAGCACAUUUGAAGUUAUGCCAGAGGGAAUUCUAAAAAAGCUUGGGGAAACAAGAAGCAUGACCAUCGAUAGGGGAAUUCCACUUCUUGUUUAUGUAACGAAGAUUGACAAGAUAUGCCCAAUGGUUGACAAAGAAAUCAGUGAUGUAUUUUUCAGCAGAGCCGUUGAGGAAAUUGUAAACAAAAUUGCAGAUGUAAUCGCAAUUCCAAGAGCACAUGUGAUUCCAGUGAAGAAUUAUGAAAAGGAAGAUUGCUUGAAAACCAACAUAAACAUAUUGGCUUUAAAAGCCUUGCGAAAGGCGUUGUCGUUUGCUGACGAUUUUCUGGAAAACCAAUUUGAACUGCAGCAAGAAACCAAACGGCUUAAUAUCAAAGAUUGAAUUCCUCUUUAAUUAACAAGCAAUGUAGAUGUAAAUUUACCGUUGAACCUAUCUACUUAAAUUGAUAUAAAUCUAUAUCCGUAGAAUUAUUAGAUGAAACAGGAACUCUAUCUUCUCUUAUUAACAUACGAGUGACAUUUGAAUAACUUUUUUAAUUCUUAGAAAAGCUAGCUUUUUGAGGAAAAUAUAUGAUUGAAAUUUGUUCUGCUAGUUUUGUCCUUUUCACACGUUAAGUCCGUAUGGGUGUCUAUGAUUCAGAAAAACUAUAAUUAAACACAUAUUAUUCUUAGCUGUCAAUAAAAGCUUUGCACCUCUGCACCACAGACUUUUGAUUCUGUAACUCACAUAAUGAAAAUUGAUUUCUUGUACUAUUUCUACUUGCAUGUUUAUAUUGAUAAUCUUAGGCCUUAUGUGUUAUACAUUCACUGUAGGUUCAUAUAAAAAAUGUCCUUUUUCUGCUUUCUUAUAUGCUCUAUGGUGCUAAUACCCCCAAUAAUGAGAGUUUUAAAAAGUGUACGAGGGUUGUCCCAAAAGUUCGUGGACAAUGACGUUUUUUGUGAAAAUAUAUGGUUCCAUAUGCAUCUAUUGUACAUCAAAAUAUUUCUUAUGAAAAACCAAGUCAGAG